CCCCCGGUUUGAAGAGCGUUUUCGAAAAGCUCCGCUUUCGUGACGCAUUAGUGUGGAUGGAAGGCUUACCGGAGAAAUGAAGCUCCGUCUUCAAGUUCUUCCCGGGUAGCGUGCACGGGACCUUCAACAGCACACCAGAGUUUUCUUGUUUGUUUGUUUUUUGUUUUGUUUCUAAAUUACAUGUUAAUUCUAACUUACUCUCAAAUCGUUUGACAAGGCGAUUAGUCAAUGAAUGAGUGAUGAAAAUGAAGACCCUAGUGUGCCAGUACUGUAUACCAUGCAGUUUCUCUUUCAGCCCUCGUUGUGGUUUUGAAAUUGCAAACAAAAUUGUGAGAAUCAUUUCUCCGCUUUAUAAAAUAUCUGUCAGUCAUAACACCCGCUGUGACUGGUCAAUUUAGCAGGCCGUAAUCGACUGCCCGCUAAAACCGCCAUGUUAAAACCUAAAGCGAGGUAUUGGUAACUAGCUAGACAACAACGAACAAAAGAAACUACAUCCCGGUGUGAAUUAAUAAAAAAAUAGUCUUUCACUCCGAAGUUUUCAUUUAGGGCGGGUUUUUAAGUCCCGUAUUAACACUGUUUCCUUGAUUUUACACUGUAAAUCACAUUGCCCUGUUAUGACAUGCAGCUGAAGCCGAAGGCUGAGGCUGAUACGUCGACCUUGAUUAUUCAGCUGAAUAUAACAAAAACCUCAUCCAAUAAUUGUUUAAAAACAAAAGGUCGGACUAAACUGCCCACGUUCCAGUCACGAGCCUACAUAUAACUGCACGUACAUUUCUAAAUGUAUUUACUAAAUGCCACACUAAUCUCGUAUCCUUACUGAGGUUUAAAGAUCGGAGUAAACUAAUAAUAAGAAAAGAUGAAUUAAACUCAUUCAAGAUUUCGACUUUAUUCAAGAUGCUUAGUUAAAGAUUUCGGUCAAUACAAUAAUUGCUAGUCGCUGCUGAAUGAACAAAAGCUGCAACUGCAAUAACAGACGCUUUAAUUACAAAUAUUUAGAAACUUGUUCGAAGCAGAUUUUUAUAUCAAUUAUAGAAUUUUUGCAAAAACUAAACUUUGGAUGCUUAGCUACUGUAGUACAUUUGACAUAUCCACUGGAGCAUUUAUAUUAAAGAAAUUGUACUUAUGUAAAUGAAACUAUAUUUAUUAUGACUAAAGAUUGAAGCCCAGCCAGGAUGAGACAUAAUCAAAAUUACGAUAAAAACGUUCGCUGGUUAAAAAAUUUCAAAAAGAACACGAGCUUUCCGCUGUCAAUCUUAAGCCUUCGACGGAUAGAAAUGGAUGCAGAAUGAUGAAAUAUAUAUGCAAGAAAAGGCGAGAUAAAAAUAAGAAGAAGAACAAAAGCAAAGUAAAAAUGUGUAGAUUAGCUGACUAUUAUUUAAAAGAAUGCUAUACUGGUUUGGAAUCGGCUUAAAAUUAUUGUCAGCAUGCUUGGUAGCAGAGGGGUGCCAAGCCAACAAAGUUUUUCUAGGAUAGAUGAAUCUUUUUUUCACUCGUUUGUCUCACGAUGGAGUCACUUUGAGAUGUAGAUCGCGGCGUUUCGACGUUUUUACACAUCUUUAAUGAAAAAGUUUUUCCAAUGCGAAAAGAGCCUUUGUCGAUGACACAAGAGUUAUCAAAAUCUAUGCGAUGGUCGAAUGACCACGCAUGUUUCGCAAUGUUUGAUCCAUUAGCACAUGUUUUGACAUUCAUGAUAUGUUCUUUCUUUACGACUUUCAAAACACCGGCCAGUUUCGCCUACAUAACACCAAUCACGAUCGGCCCAGGAUUCCAAACCAGUAUAGUAUUUCUUUUAAACAAUAGUCCCUAAUUUACGCAUUUUUACUUUGCUUUUGUCUAUUUUUAUCUCGCGUUUUCUUUCUCAUUCUGCAUUCCAUUUUUAUCCGUCCAAGGCUGUACUUGACAGUCGAAAGCACAUGUUCCUUUUGAAAUUUUUUCAGCCAGCGAACGUUCUAAUCGUAAUUUUGAUUAUAUUAUUUUAUUACAUUUAACCUUUGUAGCGGAAUACAAUGAAAAUCCUAAGAAUACCUUAAUCUGAAGCCUUUUUCACUCUUUUGAAGAUGCUGAGUUAUUUCAUGCAGUUUCUCUGCAUUCAUUUAGUUGUUGUAAAAUAAUCAGUCGGUAGGGUUUCUGUCAAAGUAAUCACAACACUCAGGCGGGCUAAAAAAACGAAAGCAGUCACUGAUAUUAUCAGGGGAGGAUGUUGUAGCCGAGCCUCAGUCAGAUUGCAAUGUUUUGUUUCUCAACAUAUAUAUUAACCACAGGUUAGACAUAUUAACAACCUGCAAAAAUUACAAUAGGCUGAAGAUAGCCAAUCACCAACCUGUAUAGGACUACACCUGACAAAAAUGCCUCUCACUGAUCUGUGAUCAACGAUGAAAAGAAAGUAAAGUGACUUCUGCUGCGCUUGACAAAAUGACUGCUCGGUUAGCAAUGCAAGGGAAAAAAGUUUUAUUAUUCAUCCUGUUUCAAGAGAUCAUGAACGUAGCAGACUUGAACACCGUUGAGAAACCGUCGGUGACAUCGACUUCACGAUCGGCAUUUUUUGUUUCCCGUAAAAACACGCGACUCGUGGGCCAUGCUAUCAAGUGGUUUUAUUCGCCGAGUUUACUUUCGUGCGGCCAGUUAUGUUUGAGUAAAACCUGGUGCACUUCAAUAAACUUCAAGAUGUCCUCUAAGGAGGACGGCAAAGGAACUUGUGAACUGAACAAGCACAAUUGGCCCUUGAUUGACGAGUAUGGAAUAUUACAAAGUCAGCAUGGAGUGACUUUCGCAUUACUUAUCAAGGGUUGUCUUAAAGCAGGCUGUCUUGACGGAGGUUCCUGUUUAUUUGACAAGAAAAACGAGACAUUUUCCUGCGUCAAAGAACCGCAAACGGACGAUAACAGUGACAUCCAAACAGACUGCGAUAGUUCCAAGCCAUUGGGUAUGGAGGACGGUUCAAUUCCAGAUAAUAAGAUCACAGCAUCUUCCACACACAGCAACAGUGAAGUGGCUUGGGGAAGACUUCACUAUUCACAGGGAAGUUGGACUCCAAACACAGAUACCGGUUACCAAUGGCUCCAAGUAAACUUCGUACCGGAAGUGAAACUCAUAACACACAUCGCCACGCAAGGAAACGGAAAGAGCUGGUGGUGGGUAAAAGAAUAUUACGUCAUGUAUAAGAAAGGAGGGGGAGACUUUAAAGAAUACAUGGAAAAUAACCAUCGAGUGCUCUUCCCGGGCAACAAAAACAAGGAUGGUGAAGUCAAGAACAAGAUUACCAAUCCUUUUCAAGGGGAUACUGUGCGCAUAAAACCGACAGCAUUUUCUGGAAGGAUUGCUUUGAGAAUUGAACUGUACGGAUGUGAAGUCUAGUCACUACUACAUGCAUAAAGCUCAUGAAGGAAAUUAUAAAAUAGCUGAAAACCUAGCUUUACAAGAAUGCCAGCAGAUAAAUUUACUGUGAGCUUAAGUGGGAAGG